AUGCCGUUGAGGCUUCACUGGGCGAUUCUAAUCGUAUUGGCUUUCUCUGUCUCGAUAUCAGAAGGAAGUUCUUCUGCGCAGCUAAAGUCUUUCGUCUCCAAAACUGGGAGCAACGUUGUAAUUGGUGUGGAUGGUGGAACGGAGAGCAUCCGUGCCUGUUGUUUUGAUGCCGAAACUGGUGCUGUCGUGGGCAAAUCAUGUGCGUCAGCGUACAAGACCUAUCACCCGCAACCAGGGUGGGCCGAACAAAUGCCACAAGACUGGUGGGAAAAUCUUGGGGAAGCUGUCCGAGGUGCCGUCGCUUCCAUUUCCGAUUCGGAUUCGAAUAUUUGCGGAAUCUGCAUUGAUACCACGUGCUGUUCCGUUGUGGCAUUGGACGCUAAUAAGGAACCAUUGCGGCCAAGUCUGUUAUGGAUGGAUGCUCGAUCGGCAGCGCAAACGGUUGAGGUUAUGGAGAAAUGUAAGGGAGACCCGGCUCUGGAAGUCAAUUCGGGCGGCAAUGGUCCACUGAGUGCCGAAUGGAUGACACCAAAAUCUCUGUGGAUACGUCAAAAUGAACCAGAAAUAUGGGACAAGGCUGACACUAUUUGUGAAUACCAGGACUACAUCAAUUACAAAAUGACUGGGAAAAUGGUAGCCAGCUCUUGCAACGCUGCAGCGAGGUGGCAUUGGGACGGUGAAGAAUGCAUCAAUGAGAGCACAGAAGACGACCCUUUUCCGGGGAGGCCAACAUCGUUGUAUGAAAAGCUUGGAAUACCAGAACUUGCUUCCAAACUUCCAACAAUAUGCUUGCCAAUGGGAUCCUUGAUUGGUGGUCUGACGGAAGACGCAGCGGAACACUUGAAUCUCCCGGUUGGACUUCCAGUCUGUCAAGGCGGUCCAGAUGCAUUUGUUGGGAUGAUUGGCUUGGGGUGCAUUUAUCCCGGACAGCUUUGUCUCAUUACCGGUUCGUCACAUCUUCACUGCGUUGUCUCCUCGCUCCCCCAUCGAUCAGCCGGCAUCUGGGGAGCCUACAGAGGAGCGCCGUUGCCAGGAAUAAAUUUCGCAGAAGGUGGACAAUCAAGUACGGGAAGCAUUAUGUUCUGGGCUCGAAAGGUCUUAGGGGCUGAAGAAGUCGACUACGCCACCUUGGACUCUGAAGCAGAAAAGAUUCCACCAGGCUGCGAAGGCUUGGUGGCACUCGAGACUUUCCAAGGUUCAAGAACCCCAGAAACAGAUGCAUUGGCCCGAGGUGCUCUUUUGGGUCUUUCACUAUCUCACACUCGAGCACACAUUUGGCGGGCUUUCAUGGAAGCUGUAUGUUACGGAACACGAGGAUGCGUUGAAGGACUCGAAAAAGCAGGUCAUGCAUGUGAGGAGAUCAUUAUUGCUGGAGGAGCCACCCGAAGUAAACUCUGGCUGCAAAUGCAUGCUGAUGUGACGGGAAAGCCUGUGGUAGUAUGCGAGAACAGUGAGGCGCCAUUGCUAGGUUCAGCUAUCUUGGCAUCGUAUGGCGUUGGCGUCCAUGGGUGCAUCAGUGAUGCUGUGAAAGCAAUGGUUCGAACAAAGAUGCGUGUGGAACCAUCGUCAGAGCUAUCGCCCGAAUACACCAAUCUGUACAACAGCAUAUACUCUAAGGUGGGGCAAUGCGUCAAACCCAUCUCCCAUGCCAUUGCGCGACUUCGAGGAGGAGAUAGCUCCUAUGCCUCGGUGUCAGAGAUAGCCCCAAUAAUUUCACCAUCCUUGCUGGCAUGUGACUUUGCAAAUAUGAAGGCCGAAGUUUUGAGAUGCGUCAAAGCUGGAGCCCCCCGUCUGCAUGUCGAUAUUUUUGACUCGGUUGCAUUGGAUUCUCCCUGGGCGUUCACAUUUGGCCCACAAAUGGUAAAAGCAAUUCGAGAUUGCUCUCCCGAUGCCAUUCUCGACUUACACAUGUGCGUGUACAAGCCAGCUCGCUUCGUCGAUGCAAUGAAGGAGGCUGGGGCAGACCGAUUUAUUUUUCAGUUCGAGGCAAUGGCUGAUGAAGCAGAAGUACUGGAAUUGGCAAAACGAAUAACUGAUGCUGGAAUGAAAUGUGGGAUUAGCAUCAAUCCCGCAACAAGUGUGAGUACGCUUGAUUCCAUUCUAGCUUCAGGUCUUAUUUCGGUCGUAAAUCUACUGGCGGUGGAGCCAGGAUUUGGUGGUCAGAAGUUCAAUACUGUAAUUUUGGUCAAACUUGAGCAUCUUGUGCAGCUCCGACAAGAGAAAGGGUAUUCAUUUGAAAUUGGUGUUGAUGGAGGAGUCAACGAAAAAACAGUGCCACAAGUCGCGAAGGCCGACGUCCUUGUGGCAGGGACAUAUGUAUUUCGACACCCAGUAUCUUUGUCUCAGGGAGUCAUGGAUUUGUCCACUGCAGCAAAGAGCAGUACCGCUUACUUCUAG